AAAUGAAGCUUUAGAAUUUCUGGUAAGUUCUAUGAAAUUGAUUACUUUAAACGAACUGCGAGACCAGUUAGUUUCUGGAAUCAUCUGCCUUGAACGUGUUUUCAGUAUUACGUAAAGUGUUAUUGAAUUACAAAAAUAUUAUUUAAAGAUUUAAAAUAAAAUGGCUGCAAUUGAUAUAUCUCCUAAUAAGGAUGGAGGUGUUAUGAAAGAAAUAAUCAAAGAAGGUAUUGGAGAUGAAAUUCCAUCUCCUGGAAGUAAUGUAACAGUCCAUUAUACUGGUACUUUAUUGGAUGGAACAAAAUUUGAUUCAAGCAAAGAUCGUAAUGAACCAUUUCAAUUUGAACUUAAGAAAGGAUCGGUUAUCAAAGCAUGGGAUAUAGGAGUAGCAACUAUGAAAAAAGGUGAAAUUGCAUUAUUGACCUGUGCUCCUGAAUAUGCAUAUGGAAAAAAUGGUAGUCCACCUAAAAUUCCUCCAAAUGCAACACUUAAAUUUGAAAUCGAAAUGAUUAGUUGGAAAGGAGAAGAUUUAAGUCCUGAAAAGAAUGGAAGUAUUGAGAGGCAUCAAAUUAUACAAGGAAAAGAUUAUAUCACUCCACAAGAAGGAGCUUUAGUAAAUGUACAUUUAAUGGGAAUGUACAAUGGAAAGAUAUUUGAAGAUAGAGAUGUACAAUUCAACCUCGGAGAAGGAGAAGAUUGUGGUGUCAUAGAGGGUAUUGAAAAAGCUUUAGAAAGCUUUAAAAGUGGAGAAAAAUCAAAACUUAUAAUUAAAAGCAAAUAUGCAUUUAAGAAUGUAGGAAAACCUGAAUUUGACAUUCCACCAAAUGCAACUGUAGAAUAUAUAGUAGAAUUAAAAAACUUUGAAAAAGUAGAAGUUUGGUCCUUGAAAAAUCAUGAACAGAUUGAUUUAGCUAAGAUGUACAAAGAGAAAGGGACAAAUUAUUUCAAAGCAAAUAAAUACAGCUUAGCAAUUAAAAUGUAUAAAAAAAUUACUUCAGUUUUAGAAUAUGGAGAAGAUUUUGAAGGAGAUCUUAAAAUAGAAAGAAAUAAUCUUAUUUUAUCAGCACAUUUAAAUUUGGCAUUAUGUUAUUUAAAAUUAGAUAAUAAUGUUGAAGCAAAAGAUUCAUGUAAUGAAGCUUUGAAAUUAAGUCCACAAAAUGAAAAAGCACUUUUUAGAAGAGGACAAGCAUAUCUUGCAUUAGCAUCACCUGAAAUUGCAAUUAAAGACUUUCAAGAAGUUUUAAAAGUAGAACCAAAAAAUACAGCAGCUGUAAAACAAAUCGGAAUUUGCAAUAAUCUCAUUAAAAAGCAAUUAGCAAAAGAGAAAAAGCUAUAUGCAAAUAUGUUUGAUAAAUUUGCACAAGAAGAUAAACAGUAAUAUCACAGAAGGAAGAGGAGAAAUUGCGAGAACAACCAGAUGUGAUGUGUGGGGCCUUGGGUGAAUGGGGUCAGGAAGAACGACCUGGAGGUAGAGAUGCAACUGCCUUUGAAAAGGAGAAUCCUAAUAUACUUAUGCUCAAUGCUAAUGGUACUGAUGAAUUUCAAAAUAUGUAAAAUAUUGAUCAUCCUUUACCCUGUUCCUUACACUGCCCCAUUUUUAACUGCCAACAAUAUGAAAUUUUGUUAAUUAUUCUAAUGGGUUUCUAAUGUGUUUCAAAUAUGUCUACAUAUAUAAAGAUGCAUAUUAUAUUGUUAAUUAGUA